AAGUCGCCUCGGGUGUUAAUGCUGCGGUUUUGACAUUUUAGUCCCAUUGGGAGUUGAGUGAUUUUUGGGGAAACAGACGGAGAGAAAGCUGCAACAGAAAGGGAAAACCCCGGUAGAAAGAAGAACAGAUCCUCCUGCAGGGAGCCGAGCCUUCAUCCUCCCCCUCAUCAUCGUCAGUGUUUCUGCUGAGUCAUGGCGGGAGCUCUCAGGAUGACUGAAGCUCAGUUCAUCAACGUCUACGACAACGAGCUGCAGAUGAAUUUGAUGCAGUACGACUACAUUCCUCCAGUGGACAUAAAGACUGAACCCUACAUACCUGAGACAGCUCACGGUCCUUACAUUCAAAUCAUCGAGGAGCCCAAACAGAGGGGCUUUCGUUUUCGUUAUGAGUGCGAGGGUCCGUCCCACGGCGGGCUCCCGGGCGCGUCCAGCGAGAAGAACCGGAGAACCUACCCGACCGUGAAGAUUAAUAACUACGUGGGUCACGCCCGGGUGGAGGUCCAGCUGGUGACGCACUCCGACCCCCCUCGCGUCCACGCUCACAGUCUGGUGGGACGCCACUGCACCGAGAACGGCACCUGUACCAUGGACGUGGGCCCCAACGACCUCACCGCCUCGUUCAGUAACCUGGGGAUCCUCCAUGUUACGAAGAAAGGUGUGGUGGAGGUUCUGAGCCGGAGGCUGCGAGAGGAGAGGAAGAGACAGAAAGGACCGCUCGGACAUUUCACAGAUUCGGAGGAAGUCUCGAUCCAGAAGGAGGCCAAGGAGCUGGGGAAGGUGAUGGACCUGAACAUUGUGCGCUUAAAGUUCACCGCCUACCUGCAGGACAGCAACGGAGGAUUCACCCGCGGCCUCAAACCCGUCGUCUCCAACUGCAUCUACGACAGCAAGUCGCCGAACGCCUCCAACCUGAAAAUCUCCCGGAUGGAUAAGACGUGCGGCUCGGUGCUCGGAGGAGACGAGAUCUUCCUGCUCUGCGACAAAGUCCAGAAAGAUGACAUCGAGAUCCGUUUCUACGAGGAGGACGACGAGGGAGGCUGGGAGGCGUUCGGAGACUUCUCACCUACUGAUGUUCACAAACAGUACGCCAUCGUGUUCAAAACGCCGCCCUAUCACAGCGCAGAGAUCGAGCGGCCCGUCACCGUCUUCCUGCAGCUGAAGAGGAAGAAGGCCGGCGACAGCAGCGACCCCAAACAGUUCACCUACAUACCACAGGUCCAAGACAAAGAGGAGGUGCUGAGGAAGAAGCAGAAGCCGCUGCCUCAUUAUGAACCCUGGAGAGGAGGAGGAGGAGGAGGAGGAAGAGGAGGAGGAGGAGCCGGGGGAUUUGGAGGAGGAGGAACUGGAGGAGGAGGAGGUUUCCAGUUCAGCCAGAUGAAUGGAGGAGGAGGAGGAGGAGGAGGAACGGGAGGAGUUUUCUUCACCACCAACUUCACCGGUUUCGGAGGAGGGGGCGGAGCUCAGAUGCCAGGCUCCGCCCCUCAGACGGGGACAGACGGACAGACGACAGGACAGACUGGCUCGCCGCUACAACAGCAGCUGUUUCAGAUCGCCGCCACGCUCCACAGCAGAGCCUCGCAGAGCGCCAGACAGAUGGCCGCCGCCCUGCUGCAGUACUGCAGUACUGGGGACGCCCGGGUCCUCCUGGCAAUCCAGAGACACCUAUGUGGCGUCCAGGACGCCAACGGAGACACUCCUUUGCACCUGGCCAUCAUCCACCAGCAGUCCGGUGUGAUCCAGCAGCUGAUCCACACUCUGCUCAGCAGCCGGCAGCAGAACAUCCUCAACACAGCCAACCACCUCCGACAGACUCCUCUCCACCUGGCCGUGAUCACCCGGCAGGUGAAGGCGUUGGAGGCGCUGCUGAGGGCGGGGGCCGACCCCAGCCUGCUGGACAAAGAUGGCCGCAGUCCGCUCCACCUUGCAGCGCUGGCCGGAGACACCGCCUCUCUCCGCCCCCUGCUGGCUCACCUGGGAGAACGCCACGCCCACCUGGUCAACACGCCAGACUACCACGGUCUGCACCCGCUCCACCUGGCCGUGAGGCGGGACGGCGAGCGCUGCCUCCGCCUCCUGGUGGAGGGCGGAGCCAAAAUCAACGCCCCCGAGCAGAAGAGCGGGAACACGGCGCUCCACCUGGCCGUGAGGGAAAACCUCUUCAAGGUGGCCUGCACACUCAUCACAGAGCUGAAGGCGGACGUUAACGCGUGCACGUUUGGAGGAAACACACCUCUGCACCUGGCCGCCAGUCUGGGCUCGCCGACUCUCUGCUCCAUGCUCAUCGCUGCAGGUGCUGAUAAAAACGUGGAGAACGACGAGCCGCUGUUCUUCAGCUCGUCUUCAGACGAAGAGCAGGACGAAGACGAACCAAUCAGAGAGCGAGAGGCCGCCUCGCAGCCAAUCAACCCUCGCAAGAGACCUGCAGGAGGACACACCCCUCUGGACCUCGCCAAGUGCCAAAAGGUGAAGGAUCUGUUGAACUCCAGACAGACUCGUCCCGGCAGUAAGAAGAUCAAACCCAGCAGCAGUGAAGAGGCGGAGGCCUCGGGGCUGGAUGAGGACACGCUGUCCCGGCUGGUGGAGGUGCUGAGUGUGGGAGACGUUCCCUGGAGGAAGCUGGCCGAGAAGCUUGGCAUGAUGACGCUGACUCACCUUUACCUGGACAGUCCCACGCCCUGCCACCACCUGCUGCAGCACUACCAGCUGGGUGGAGGUCCAGUUGAAGGUCUGGUGGAAGCUCUUCAGUCUCUCGGUCUGACUGAAGGAGUCCGUCUGCUGAGAAACAGCGAGCUCCGAGACGACAAACACAGCACAGACGCCACGGUGGACAGCGGCUUCGGCAGCCAGCCAAUGGAAGAAGAGGAGCCGCCUGUGGCCAAUCAGUGACAAGCAGGAACAA